AUGUUUACGGUGUCUGCAGCUGGUGACUGUCUUCCAACAUAUGUAGUAUAUAAAGCUACAAAUCUAUAUUCCGAAUGGGUUGACGGAGGUCCUGAUGGAACUCGUUACAAUUGCACGAAAUCGGGUUGGUUUGACUCUGCCUGUUUUGAGGAUUAUUUUAGAACAAUUAUACUAAAGUGGGCAAAGAAUCUUUCAGGGCCAAAAGUCAUAAUAGGUGACAAUUUGUCUAGUCACCUAAAUAUCGAAGUUGUGGAGCUAUGCCAAAAAUAUGAUAUUAGGUUUGUGUUUCUUCCACCUAACUCCACACAUCUGACCCAACCUCUAGAUGUAGCGUUUUUUGCCCCUUUAAAAAGAGAAUGGAGGAAGGUACUCACAAAUAACAAAAUUCAAAAUCCGGAACAGUCAACUAUUAAUAAAAAGCACUUUCCUAAACUCUUGAACGAAUUAUUAAAAAAUAUUAAUCUCAGAGAAAGUAAUAAUAUUAAAAGUGGAUUUAGAGCCGCGGGAAUAUGGCCAGUUAAUGCCCGAAAUGUUUUGAAACGAAUACCUGAGUAUUUUGACGAAGAAGUGUACAGAAUAGAUUCAGCUUUAUUAGAUUACCUACAAAAAACAAGGUGUUCUAAACCAAUGGCAGUGAAAAGGAGUAAGAAAUUACGUACAGAACCAGGCAAGUCAGUUUGUGCCGCCGAUAUUUUAAUAAAAACAACUAGUAACAAAAGUGUUCAAAAUAAGAAAUCCAAAAGAUUUGAAAACUAUCAGGAUAAUUUUAAUGAUAUAGAAAGCAGCAGGCAAGAUUGUGAGAUAAAUAUAUUAGAAGAAGUGACUACUGAAAGAGACAUAGAAGAAAAUGAGCUCGUAUUGGAUGGUAAAAUAGGAUUUUUUUUAAAAAACACACCUGAACAUAUUGAAACUACCCAGAAGAUAGAACAUGAAGGUAUAGUUUUUCCGUCCAAUAAAUCUAAAAAAAAUGCCUUCGACGUCAAAUGA